AUGUAUUCAGUGCACAAUAAAGAACAUCUUCAAAUGGCAGUUCAGAAUAGUGAUGGUAGAAUAAGCCCUCCUGUUCCUUCUGUCACUAGUCUGUCUGAGUCUUUACCAGCCCAAAGCACAGAUGGCAGUGUCCCAGAAGCUCAGGCAGUGCUAGACUCUACAUCUUCAUCUAUGAAGCUAAGCCCUGUAUCACAGCAGUCACUUUUAUCAGUAUCUGUAGUGUCUUCCCAAGUGGACAGUACAUCUUUGGACAAAGCAAGACUGAAAACAGAAGACCUGCAAACUUCAAAAGUGGGACUUACUGGGUUUGAACGCCAGCAUGGAAAUGUUUACUAUGGUGUACACCAUUACUCAGAUGUACACAACUGCUCUUACAAUUACAAAACUGAUGGCUGCUGAGAAAAUCAGAAAAGAAAAUCCAGUAGUUGUUGAUGAA